ACCUUCGUAUCCCCCCCAACAAACUUUUCAAUCAUAAAUUUCAACACCCGAACCACAGUCUGCUACUGUAUCUUGUAAAUAUUCCGAAAAAGUACUACCACUACUGUUACCUUACACUUGUCCCUAACCGUUACCCACCAAUUCCAAGGCCAUUCUUGUAAUUAUCAUCAACUAUCAGAGAAUUCAGUUACCACAAAAUGUCCCUUUGCUGAUACUAAGAUAAAGAGCUUCAGAUUUUUGUUGCAGGUUUGGGGCUCUCGCAGAAAUGAAAGAAGAGGAAGAAGAAGGGGAUUCCAGCCUCCAGCAAGCUUCUGCUCUUAUUGAUGCUCUAAUAUCAUCCAGUUACUCAGUCCCAUCCUUUGCGGGCAAAUGGCAAUCAAUCAGAGAGAAGCUUGGGAAGCUCAACUCCGGGCUCAGCCCGGUCGAUACCAGUUCGAAGGGAAUCCCAGAGCUUGACAUCCUUCUGCAAUCCUUAAUUGCAACGGUGAACCAGACCCAGUUGCUCUCUGAUGACUGCAGCAAUGAAUCCUACAGAGGAGGUAAGCUUCGACUAAGAAGCGAUCUUGAUAUGAUCAUAGCCAAACUCAAUCUCCAUAUCAAACAUCUUGAUGAAAUUUAUGCUUCUGGGAUUUUAACACGCUCUAGAGCUAUUAUACUCUCUAAGCCAGGAGCUGCUGCUACUCGCGAAGACAUGAGGCUCUAUGCAAAAGAUCUGUUUUCGAGAUUGAGGAUCGGAGGAUUGGAGUUGAGGGUCCGAGCUUUGGCUGAGCUUAAUGACAUUCUUUCAGUUGAUGAGAAGUACGUCAAGAUUGUGGCGACCGAGGUUGAUGAUGGUAUAAGCAUUUUGAUUACUCUUCUUGAAUUAGUGGAUUUGGGUAUUCAAGAAGAGGCGUUGGAGGCGGUUUUGAUGAUUGCAGGGUUUGAAUCUUAUAGAGGAAAUCUAGCCAUCUGUGGAAUUAUUGGGCCUUUGGUUAGGUUAUUGGAGUCUGGAAGCGAACUGGGGAAAUUAAGGGCCGGUAAAAUUUUACAGAGAAUGACACAUAAUUCUGAUAACUCUUGGUCAGUCUCUGGUCAAGGAGGUGUUAAUACUCUUCUCAAGAUUUGUAGCAGCGUCAAUAGUAGCAAAGAAUUGGUUGUUUUGGCCUGUGGAAUUCUAAGAAAUAUUAGUGUUGUUGUUGAAAUUAAGAGAUUUAUGGUGGAUGAAGGUGCAAUUUCAGUAUUUGCGAAUCUUGUUAGCUCAAAGGAAGAGGCAAUCCAAAUACAGGCUAUAGAGUUUUUAGCCUACUUGGCUUAUGAAGAUGAAGCUAUCAAGCAAAAAUUGAUUAGAGAAAGAGUUAUUGAGUCACUCGUUCACGUCUUAGACCCAAAUUCUUCUUACUCAUCGAAAACAAGGGAGGUCGUUCUUCGUGCAAUUGAGAGUUGCUGCUUCUCAUCUACAAAUGUUGUAAAUAUUCUGAUGAGCUCCGGAUAUGUCAAUAAACUCCUGUUUUUUCUACGGAAUGGAGAAAUUUCAAUACAAGAAUCGGCUCUUAAGGCUACAUCAAAACUAUCUGGUGUUUCAGAGGAAGCUAGAAGAGUGAUGGGUGAUUUAGGCUUUAUGCCAGAGCUUGUGAAAUUACUCGAUACAAAAUCUUUUGAGGUCCGAGAAAUGGCAGCAGAGUCUCUCUGUAACUUGAUUUCAAUCCAAAAGAAUCGGAAAAAGUUCGUUCAAGAAGAUCACAAUGUUAGUAAAAUACUUCAGUUGCUUAAUCCAGAAGAGGAGAAGCCAGUGGCAACCAAGAAGCUAUUGCUAUCGGCUCUAUUGGCCUUAACUGAGAGCAACAGUUGCAGGAGGAAGAUUGUGGCAUCUGGAUAUAUCAAAAAUGUCGAAAAGCUCGCAGAAAAUGAUGUGUUUGAGGCCAAGAAGAUCAUGAAGAAGCUUUCUACCAAUAGAUUUCGAUCUAUACUCAAUGGUAUUUGGAGUACUUGAGUUUGAUUCAUGUUGUUGUUAACUGUUGCACAUAUGUUUUGUGCUUUGGCUUUGUUAA